GUCGACUCCGAUGAUAAGCAUUCCCGUGGAUUCACCAACGAUGUGUGCGGCAUGCUGCUCUGCCCAGCCGAGCUCGAUUGGAAAAAUCCAGUGGUGAAGGCAGCAAUUCAAGAUCGCGCAGAGGGUCACAUCGUGACAGAUCUUUCCUUCCCGGCAUACCUGUAUGAGGGGUACACUGCCAACCCCGACGAUUUGGAAGAGGGCCUUUUUAAGGGCAAACUCCUUAUUCAGGGUUACAAAGCGGUGUUCACGUCGCCUUCCUCGGCAAAGGACGUCGAAGGUGAC